CCUUUCCGGGUCUUCUUUACUAACUACCAACGACCUUCUUCUACUUCUUCUUCUUCUGGUGUACGGUUAACCAAACCAAUAUAUCUCCCGCUUGCAUAUUUGUUAUAUUUGUUACAGAAUUUAUGAUCUUUAUUACUCUCUAGCUGUGUCCUCCUCCGCCUUCAAAGCCCGCCAUGAUUCUGGGACUCUAGCUAUCGUAGCUCUAGAGGAGCUAGCCGCCAAAAAAGGUAUCUACAAGACAGUUUCCCUAGUGGCUGAAAUCAAUUGUCUCUCUAGUGGGUUUCAGACCACUUUUUUUUUUUGUCUUAAACAUGGGAAGGCACUUGGAGCGCACACUCUCUGGCGUUCAAUUUGAGGAAAGUCAUCCAGGCUGCAUGUGGGGCAUAAUCCAUAUCCUCGACUACCAUCAUUGGCACCAUGUCAAAAAGAUGCUUCCACACAACAAGCACAGUGGAGGAAGACAUGCUAGAUGCAAAGUAAGUUCAAGAACAAAUUUGAAAAAGCGUGACAUUGAAGUGCAAGAACUAAUGAAUUCUGUAGAAGAAACCUUGCUGGUUGAACAGCAUAAUACAGAAACCAGCACUGCAAGCACCAAAAAAAGACCAGGCAAAGCUCGUAUAAAAGAAUUAAUUGCUAAAGAAAUGUCCACAGAAGAAAAACACAGAUACUGGAAUUUAAUCCAUGCUGCUAGAAUGUGGUUGCGGCGAAUUAUUCCAGCCCAUCAUUUUAACAAAUCUCUUGGUGAAAUACACGCUGAUGGGACAAAUCCAAUCAUUCUCCUUCAAAAAAGUGCUGACACUUCUUCCACUGGAUUGCAAUAUUCAUCUCCUCCAUUGACCUCUGAAAAAUGUGACACAGGAUUAGAAGCCUCGGGAAACCAGAAACUCGUGGAAACUGACCAGCUGAAGGGAGAUGUUUCUAAUAACCAGUUUAAGGUAAACAAGGAGUAUUUUCUAAAUAUUCUACGAGAGCCAAACAUUGGAACAAAGCACUUCCACAGUCUGCAGAAUUCCAAUCCCAAUGCUAGAUUAACCAAGUCUGUGUCAUAUCCUGUAGCAAAUUCACCACCCUCAAAAAAUAUUAGGCCUAGAACUGUCAAACACAAGCAAAAUGAAAGUUGGUCCUUCCCAAAAGGUGAAAAAUUGCUUGCUGCUUCCCAGGCAUCCAAUUCUCAGAAGGAAUAUCAUUUGAAGUCAAUGCCUUUGGAUUCGUCCCAGGGAUUAAGUCACCGAGGGUGGAAUCAACAGGUUAUUAAUCGUUUCAAAGAAAUUAAGCAGAGAAUAAAGCAUGCCCUCAAGGAUAACAGAAAAGAAAGUAACCACACGUCUACCGAAGCAGUCCUUGAAAGAGAUCCUUCUGGAAAAGAGAUGUCUAAAAGGCCAGAGAUUUCUGAUUAUGAUCUCAGCAGGGGAAGACCAGACGGCAUACAAAGAACAUCCUCUCUUAACGGGUCUCUGGAUAGAUAUACUGAGUUGUUUGAGCGUAGUUAUGGCAGAGAAGUCAAGUGGCUUCAAUCUAAGAGCCUAAAGUUGACAAACGAAAGUAAGAUUCCAUCAAGUGGGCGUGCUCCAAAGUCCUACAGAAGAAGACUCUCUCUGCCUGAUCUUGAUUCUUUUUGUUCCUUUCUAAAUGAGGCAUCUACUGAUGCUCUAAGCUCAGAGAUGCUGACAAUGGCUGACAAUGAUCAUUACAAAGAACCAAAGACAGUCAGCACCCCAGUCGAGGCACAGACAAUUGAACAAACACAUGCUGAUCUAGAGACUGAAUUUCAGAAAGAUAUGACUAAAGUAAUUGACAGCCGUUGCAAUAUCCAAUCUUCAGACGAUCCAACAGUGGGUGGAAAUUAUGAGGGAACUGCUAAGACAGGUGGCCUUAGCAGAGAGCUUGCACAUCCUUGUACAGAGCUGGCAGAACCAGGUCCAGUUUCUGAUCUUGAAACUUGCUUUCCAGACGAUAUAACCAGCAUUGCAGAGCUUCCAAUUUAUGAAGGUCUGGGGUUAAAUCCUAGGGGUUCUCAAAUGGAGGAGGCAGAUACUUUUGUUGAAAAUCACUUCCUGCAUUUUCAUUUGGAUGAUGCUGAAUUCAACUAUGUGAGACUUGUUCUUGAGCUGUCAGGCUUCAACAAAACAGAGCACCUUGGGACAUGGUACUCACUAGAGCAGCCACUGUCUCCUUCAUUGUUCGAGGAAUUGGAGGCUUUGUUUCACCCUGAACUUGAAGAGUAUGGAGAGGAAGUUGAUGGCAGUUGUGAUGAUCACCGGGUUCUCUUUGAUUUAAUCAAUGAUACACUCCUUGAGAUUUAUGAGAGAUCGUUCACCUACUUCCCAAGGGCCUUCUCCUUCAAUCACCACAUCCGUCCAAUGCCUAAGGGGCACCAUCUUCUUGAGGAGGUCUGGGAAAAACUUGGUUCGUACCUAAGCUUGAGGCCAGAGCUGGACCAGUCAUUAGAUGAUGUUGUGGCUCGAGAUUUGACAAAGGGUGAUGGUUGGAUGAACCUCCAGUUUGAUAAUGAGUGUGUGUCCCUUGAGCUAGAGGAUUUGAUUUUCGACCAACUCUUAGAUGAACUUAUCUGUUCCUGAUCAGAUUCUUUAACCCUCCUACAUGCAGCCUUGUAUGUAAAGUUUUUUUUUUUUGCAGUGUAUUGUAUAUACUUAGAAUUUAGAAUUAUUCUAUCAAUUGUUAUGGUCUAA